ACACACAGACACACACUCACACACACACGCACCCCCCCUCCCACACACACACUGCUGUCAGACACACUGAUGUUUCAGUUGUAAACUUCGUCCUGUUUGUAAAAGAGAAACCGAUUCGUUAGUAUUAAAAGCUGGUUCUAGAUGCACCGGGUGCCAUAAUGGACGAGUGUGUUGGGUUUGAGACCCAGUUCUCGUCUGUUAUGCAGAACGUGCUGAGGACAGCAGUCGGUGAAGCGACUAAACUUUUCCAGCAGACUUUGCACCAACUGAACGCUGAGUUGUUGCACCUGAGGCAAGAGAACGUCGAUUUAAAGAGCGGGGUUUUUACCCCACACUACAAGACAAAAGAAGCAGGAGAUGGAGGUUCGAGUGCAGCUCAUGAUAAACGAGAUGUUGGUGUACAGUGUGAAAAGCCCACCAUGGUCGAAAGAUGCUGCAGCCCAGCACUGAUUGGUGACCGUCUAAACCUGCGACACAUAACGAGUGAACGUCUGGAAGAUCUUUGUUCCAGAAGUUCAGAAGAUGGAAACAGGCAGCUUGCUUUGCUUCUCAUUAAAAAAGAGCCUCAAGAGACUGACUGUGAUGAAUAUGCACCAGGAUAUUUCUUACUGAAGCAAGAGGGUGCUGAGCCAAUAUUGGUUCGUAAAGAGCCCUUUAAAAACACCAUGGAAAAAGUUUUGAUCCCCUCAGCAAUUCAAACAGUGAGCAGAAGUUACGAGACCCAAAAAGAAAUAUCAGCCACUAAUGCGUCAUCACUAAAGACCACUGUUUCCUGUAAUUAUAGAAUGGCCACAUCAAGUAACAGUGUCACUCAGGCUGAAAGCAUGUCUAGAUUUAGUGGAGGUUCAGCUUUGCAGAGUGAUACAGAAAGACAAAAAAAGCCAGCAUCUGCUAAAAAGGCAACUUUAUCACGAUUACCUGCUAAUUCAGCCCAGCCUUUUCCUCCAGUUAGUGUAUCUAUCCCAACAGUCCUGUCUAACAAAAUAGGUCAGAUAUCAACACCUAGAUCCCAGCAAGCGGUGCCAUCUGGUCUUCAAAUGGACGAGUCCCUUCAGGCAUCCAUCCAACUUGGUGUACCUCCCUUCCAACAAAUUGCUCAAAAUAUCCAACAUUCGUCUACAGUGGCACAUUUUGGCCCUAAACUGGUUACACCCCCUCUUUCUCAAAACCAGAACCCAAUUACAGAAACUUGCCCUUCUGGUCAGUUAUUACAAAACAUGGUUACAAUGACAGACAAAAUAUUCUCAGGCAGCAAAUCAUUACCUGAGUGUUCCACUCAGGCAACAAACCCUUUAGUCUCUCACCCUCAAACUGUGAUAAGCCCUGCCCAGAACAUGACACAGCUGGGACAUUUUCAGAGUUUUCAGGUCCAGGCUUCUUUUCCUCAGGACCAGCAUACUGUUGCACAAGGACAGGUUCCUACUUCAGUAUCUCAGAUUGUACCCACACCGAACCAAGUCCCAAUUACACCCACCCAAGGCCCUGUUCAACCUAUCCAUCUUACAGUUCCAGCAACCCAUGCAUCAUCUCAAUCACUCAUUCAAUCAAAUGACAUACUUCCCACAAACUCGCAGAGUUUAAAUAUACAAGGCCACCUUCCUCCUCUGCCUCAUCAUGAUAUGAACCCAUCAACCCAGCCAUUUUAUUCUUUGACUCAUGCAUCAUAUGCCCAAACUUUCAUCUCACUGCAGCCAAUGAAGCCUUCUGUUUCCUCAAGUUCAAUUUCCCAGAACAAUGUUCAGGCUUCACUAGACCAUACCACAUCCCACUAUGAUAUUUUGUCUGAUACACUCUGUUCAUCUUCAGACCAAUUCUUCCCAACACCUGAUAACACAUCAGAUUUGCUUCAGCCCUUGCCUCCCAUGACUUUCCACUCACCUGUUGUAUUAAACCAGCAGGAAACCAAUUCUAUGAUCCAUUCCCAAUCACCUGGGCAACCAUUGCAUCUUGCACCUCUUCUUACUUUGAAGGAACAGCAAGCAGCAGCCUCCAAUCAUGGAAACGUAUCCAAGAGGGAACCUAACAUGCCUGUGGAGAUCCCUAUGUCUACGGUUAAUAACUUUGAGGAAGAUAUGCAGAGAUAUCCCCCUCUUGCAAGUCAUGAAUCCACCUGUGAAAGCGAAUCUAUCACGUUGGAAAUGCAGAAUGACGAUCCAACAGAGAAUAAUGAAGGUAGCAGGCCUGCAGUUGUACCUGGUCCGAUACAACAUUAUACAGUUCUAUCCAAGCCCGGGCCAAACUUUAUAGUACCCGAUUCUACAAAAGAACAACACAGCUUCAGGAUGAACAUGGUCAAGGAUUUACUAAUGGACAAUGACAUUAAUAAGCAGAAAGAGGGAUGUGACACAACAUGUCAAGUAUGGGAACCAUCUGAUUUGACUGGUGUCUUACCGCAGUCAGGGCUAAGUGCUUCUGCACAAACACUUUUACAGAAACCUGUACGGAAACUUCUGGAAAAGAAGACUGAGUGCUCUGAAUGUGGCAGGAUUCUCAGCAAUGCUUCUUCGCUGGAGAAUCACAUGAGGCUUCAUAGAGGUGAGAGGCCAUAUAACUGCUCCCAGUGCGGUAAAGCUUUCCCUAGUGUACGAGGCCUCAACCGCCAUGUAAAAGUCCAUGCAGAGGAGAAAGGCUACAAGUGUGAGGAGUGUGGCAGGAGUUUUGUUUACCAGUUUACCUUGACCAAACACAAACUCAUCCACUCCGGAGAUAGGCCCUUCCCCUGUAAGGUUUGUGGCAAAAAGUUCUUGGCCAAGGCAGACCGGGCUACUCACAUGCGCAUGCAUACAGGGGAGAAACCCUUUUUUUGUAAUCAGUGUGGAAAAACUUUUAAACACAGAGUUGCAUUAAACAUGCACAUGCAGGGACAUAGAGGCGAGAAACGCUACGUUUGCCCCCAUUGUGAGAAAGGAUUUGUGGAUUUGGGAAAUUUUAAGAGACAUAAGCGCAUCCACACCGGUGAGAAGCCAUUUGAAUGCAAGGAGUGUGGUAAGCGUUUCACUCAGUCAGCGCACCUCAAGAAACACAUCAAUACUCAGCAUGCAGUAGCGAAACCAAAAUAGAAAGGUCAUGAUAUAUUUUUAAGAAAUUGAUACUAUUCAAAAUACCGUUAAAAACAAAACAUGUCAUUUUUUUUUAUUAGUCAAUUCUUUUAGCAUCAACUGCUAAUAAUCUUUUUCUCCUCAUAGAAGCUUUUAACUUUUUAUUGUACUUUUUUUUUUUUUUAGCAUUUUAAGGCUAUGUAACUCUCUUAUUAUCUUUCUGAAAUUGUAUACGGUAUCAUUGUCAGUUUAAAGUUGCUAUUUAUUAACCAUUUUUAAAAAUAAAAUACUACCCAUGGGUUAAACCCUAAAGGAGCUCAGGUUAAACAAUUUACGCUGUGAUCAUAAAAAUAGUUUUGAUACACUGAUUGUGAACUUGAGUUGAACAUAAUAUGCCACAAAACCAAAUAAAAUGUGAAAUGUUUGAUUUA